AUGGCAUCUCUUCCAAUGGAGUGGCUGCGGAGAGCUCUUACCACGGAUCUGGUCGUGCCCGGCACGGCUUUUGGAGUGCGGACUGCGGUUGUGGCGAUUCUAUUUACCAUCUUUGUCUCGCUCAUGUCCGCCUUCUUUCUGCUGACCUUCAAUCACUCAGGCUGGUUUGAGCUGAUGAUCCUCGUCGUGAUCUCCUUCUUUGUCUUGGCUGCAAUUUCUUGCGUGUACAAGGAUCCACGGGCCCUUUCUGCUGUGGACCCGAUGGAAGCGAAAUCGGAUGGAAAAGUCCUUUGGGCAGCGUGCACCUAUGAGAUGCUGGAAUCAAGACUCGAGUUCCGCUAUUUCUGGGCGAAAGCCCACCA